CGAAUACAAUAUAAUAAUCAUCAUUACGUCUUUAUCACGUUUUUUUCACAUCGUGCAUGAAAACUCGCAAAAAAAUUACGGAAAAUUUUCGGAAUUUAUCAAUUAAAAUUGUGAUUUUAUUAAGUUUUUUUGAUCAUGUCUUGGUUAUUGGGUAGAAAUAGGCCACAACAGCCUCAAGAAAUGGCUGGUGCCGAUGGUGGUAAUCCAGAGGGUAACACAGCCGGAGAAAGGACUGGUGAUGCUCAAUUGUCCAAAGCUGAACGCAAGGCCAUGGAAGCCUAUCGUUUUGAUUCAUCUGCUUUAGAAAGAGCCGCAGAAGCUGCACGCACUUUGGAAAGAUCAAAACAUGCCCGUGAAGCUUUAGAAUUGUCUAAGGCUCAGGAAAUAACACGCCAACAGGAAUAUCAACAAAAAGUAAAAGAGUAUGAGGCUCAUAUCGAGCAAGCCAAAGUGGAACAAAAACGUAUUGAUCAUGAGGAAAGAAGAAAAACUUUAAUUGAAGAGACCAAACAACAACAGCAACGUGCUCAGUAUCAAGAUCAAUUGGCCCGCAAACGUUAUGAAGAUCAAUUGAUGCAACAACAACGUGUCCAAGAGGAAAAUCUAAGAAAACAAGAAGAAAGUGUGGCUCGUCAGGAAGCUAUGCGCCGUCAAACAAUUGAACAUGAAAUUGAAAUGAAAGAAAAGAAUCGUUUGAAACUUUUGGAACAUGAAAUGCGUGUUAAGGCUAAAGUAGAUCGUGAAAAUCGUGAUAUUAAUUUGGAACAGAUACGUUUAAGAGCCCAGGAACAACGUACCACCGUAUUGGAAGGCAUCAAAACUGCUGGUUCUGUUAUUGGUGCCGGUGUUGAGGCCAUGCUUACCGAUUGGGAUAAGGUUCUAACCGCUGCUGGUGGCCUUUCUCUUUUGGCUUUGGGUGUUUAUGCUGCCAAAGGUGCUACCGGUGUUACCUCACGCUAUAUUGAAUCACGCAUUGGCAAGCCCACUUUGGUGGGUGAAACCUCUCGUUUUGCCAUGCUCGAUGCUGUCAAACAUCCUGUUAAAUACAUUAAGAAACUUAAAUCCAAACCUGCCGACGCUUUACAGGGUGUCGUACUCAAUCCUAAAUUGGAAGAACGUCUACGUGAUGUUGCUAUUGCCACCAAGAAUACACGCAUCAAUAAAGGCAUGUAUCGUAAUGUUUUGAUGCACGGUCCACCCGGUACCGGUAAGACUAUGUUUGCCAAAAAGUUGGCCGAACACUCUGGCAUGGAUUACGCCAUUAUGACUGGUGGUGAUGUAGCUCCAAUGGGCAAAGAAGCUGUUACAGCUAUACACAAAGUUUUCGAUUGGUCUCAAACCAGUCGUCGUGGUUUACUAUUGUUUGUCGAUGAAGCUGACGCUUUCUUGCGUAAACGUUCUUCGGAACAUAUAUCGGAAGAUUUGCGUGCCGCUCUAAAUGCCUUCUUGUACAGAACCUCCGAACAAAAUUCGAAAUUUAUGUUGGUUUUGGCCUCUAAUACACCCGAACAGUUUGAUUAUGCCAUCAAUGAUCGUUUGGAUGAAAUGGUCGAAUUUACUUUACCCGGUCUUGAGGAACGUGAACGUUUAUUGCGUUUGUACUUUGAUAAAUAUGUUUUGCAACCAGCUGCCGAGGGUGCCAAACGCUUUAAAUUGGAACAAUUCGAUUAUGGUGCCACUUGUUCGAAAAUGGCCAAGAUUUGUGCAGGUAUGUCUGGUCGUGAAAUUUCCAAAUUGGGCGUUUCCUGGCAGGCUGCUGUCUAUGCUUCCGAAGAUGGUGUGUUAACGGAAAAAAUGGUAUUAGACAAGGCUGAAGCUGCUGCUGCUCAACACAAACAAAAGAUGGCCUGGUUAUCGGAACAAGAACGUUUAGAUCAUAAAUCCAUAACUGGUGGCAAAGGGGAAUAAGUUCGAGAUGUUUGAUUAGUUGUAGUCAAAACAGCAGGUUACUAUUUACAAAGAAAAAACUAACAUUUUCCUUAUAUAAGUGUAUGUAAACAUAACACUGCUCUGGUCGUAUUUAAGUUUUAAGUUAAGAAACAAACAAGAAAAAACCUUGACAUCUUCUCAUCUAAAAACAAAAGAGAUCUACUUAUCAAAAAAACAUUUUAAACAUUCAUAACGAAAAAGCUAAGCUUUCUUUUUGUUAAAAACUCAGGCUUUUUUAAUUAAAAAAUAUCAAACUGCCAAUAACAGCAUAAAACAGGGAAAUAGUAUAAUUAAAGAUUUUUUACUACCGACUUUAAAUUAUUACAAAAUUUCCCAAAUUUCUGCUAAAUAUACAACAUGUAAAUAUUAAUAAUAGUGAUAUACUUAAGAAUUUUAUUAACUGUUUAAGGCAUCAUUAUUAUUGCUGCAAUCCCUCAUAUAUGCACUUUAAGUGUAAUUUACAUUUCGAUAAAGAAAGCUGGCUUUGUUUAAGUUAAAGUUGUAACACGUUAAAAAAGACUAAGUUGUUAAGUUGACUGCUGGUUUUGUUUUUAAAGAAACUGCAUUUUUAUUUAACCCUAAGCUUUUUAUUCUUUUCUUGUGUGUAUAUAAAGAAAUUUAUAUUAAACUUCUUACACAACUAACAGAGAGAAUAUUGGCGGGGGUUUCUGUUUUAUAUGGCCUUUUUUAGCUUUAAAAUCAAGUGAUUUUUAAUUUUGUUUUUUUAUAUAUACAUAUUACAAAAAUGUUAUAAAAUAAAUUUUAUUUUAUUCAAUUAUU